AUGGUGUCCCAGCUGAGCGCCCUGCAACGGGAGCUGCUGGGCGCCCUGCUCAGCUCCGGCGCCACCAAGGAGGGGCUGAUCCGCGCCCUGGAGGACAUGGUGCCCGCCGCCGGCUUCGGCGUCAAACUGGAGAGCCUGCCGCUGUCCCCGGGCGGGCCCCCCGACGGCAGGGCCGCGCUGCCGCCGCUGGCCAACGGGCACGGCAAGGGCAAGCUCUCGGGCGACGAGGGCUCCGAGGACGGCGACGACUUUGACACGCCGCAGAUCCUCCGCGAGCUGCAGUCGCUCAACACGGAGGAGGCCGUGGAGCAGCGGGCGGAGGUGGAGAGGAUGAUCAGCGAGGACCCGUGGCGGGCAGCGAAGAUGAUCAAGGGCUACAUGCAGCAGCACAACAUCCCCCAGAGGGAGGUGGUGGAUGUCACCGGCCUCAACCAGUCCCACCUGUCCCAGCACCUCAACAAGGGCACCCCCAUGAAGACCCAGAAGAGAGCUGCCCUGUACACGUGGUACGUCCGCAAGCAGCGGGAGAUCCUCCGCCAGUUCAACCAGGCAGUCCAGGGUUGUGGAAAUAUGACAGACAAAGGCAGUCAGGAUCAGCUGCUGUUUCUCUUUCCAGAGUUCAAUCAGCAGAACCAGGGGGCUGCCCAGCUCGACGACGCCUGCUCCGAAACGCCCAGCAAGAAGAUGCGGCGCAAUCGGUUCAAGUGGGGGCCGGCCUCCCAGCAAAUCUUGUACCAAGCCUACGAGCGCCAGAAGAACCCCAGCAAGGAGGAGAGGGAGACCCUGGUGGAGGAGUGCAACAGGGCCGAGUGUCUGCAGCGAGGAGUGUCCCCCUCCAAGGCGCACGGGCUGGGCUCCAACCUGGUGACGGAGGUGCGGGUGUACAACUGGUUUGCCAACCGGCGCAAGGAGGAGGCGUUCCGCCAGAAACUGGCCAUGGACGCCUACAGCUCGGGCCAGCCCCCGCACAGCAUGAACCUGCUGCUGUCCCACGGCUCCCCCCACCACAACCAGCCCAGCGCCUCCCCGCCCAGCAAAAUGCCAGGGGUCAGGUACAGCCAGGCGGGCGGCGAGGCCGUGUCCUCGGGGGCCAUCAGCCACCACGGCGGCGCUGCCAUGGUCACCACGAGCCAGGCUGUGCUGCAGCAGGUCUCCCCGGCCAGCCUGGACCCGGGCCACGCUCUGCUGUCUCCCGAAGGGAAAAUGAUCUCGGUGUCGGGGGGCGGGCUGCCCCCGGUGAGCACCCUGACCAACAUCCACAGCCUGUCGCACCACAACGCGCAGCAGUCGCAGAACCUCAUCAUGACGCCGCUCUCGGGGGUCAUGGCCAUCGCCCAGAGUCUGAACACCUCGCAGGCCCAGAGCGUGCCCGUCAUCAACAGCGUGGCGGGCAGCCUGGCAGCCCUGCAGCCCGUGCAGUUCUCCCAGCAGCUGCACAGCCCCCACCAGCAGCCCCUGAUGCAGCAGUCCCCGGGCCACAUGGCGCAGCAGCCCUUCAUGGCCACCGUCACCCAGCUGCAGAACUCACACAUGUACACACACAAGCAGGAGCCCCCCCAGUACUCGCACACCUCGCGCUUCCCCUCGGCCAUGGUGGUGACGGACACCAGCAGCAUCAGCACGCUCACCAACAUGUCCUCCAGCAAGCAGUGUCCCCUGCAAGCCUGGUGA